AUGAUUCAUUCCUUAAAACCAAAAAAGAGAUGCUAAUAAAUAUGUUAUGAACAUUAGUUUAUUUUGAUACCAAAAUCUAGUGAAUGUUGGAUUAAGUAAUAAAUUACUCUUGAUUAUUGUCCUGUUUAUAAUGAGUACAUAUAAUAAAUUACAAAAGAUUCACUGGAUAGUUUGAAAACAUUAUUCCUAUUCUAAAUUGCGAUAGAUAACCUGGUCUUCCUACAUUCAUCUUAGAAUAUGAUAGAACUUAAUAUUAAUUCAAUCUAGAGAGAUAUUAAUAAGAACAUCAAUAAAAAAUUGAAGAAUCGAGAAUUAAGAAGAUUAAAAUGGUAUUUAAUUAUUAUAUUAUAUUUAAGUUAGUAACAAAACCUGGUAAAAAACAUAGGUAUUGUGGAGUAUGUAAAAAAAAUUAUGAAGAAUAUUUAGAUGUAUGUUGACUUUUUAUCUUAAUUUAGCAUAUCCAAUCCUAAGAGCAUAUAAAUAAUUUUAAUACAUAUAGAUGUGUAAAUUUGAUAAGAACUUUAAUCUAAGGAUUUUAGAAUGUGAUUAAUCAUGAAUUCUCAGAUUAAAAAUAAUCUAGCAUUUUAUUUUGCGAUUCAAAUACUAAAAUCCCUAUGAAUAAAGAGAAUUUUGUUGCUUAUUUUGAUCAAGAAAGAAUAGGAAUUCGAUUCCAAAAAUAAUAGAUUUAAGAUAUUCCUAUGCUUGAAUAUAAAAUUCCUAGUUCUAAAAGAGGAAGACCUCCUAGAAAUAAAUAGAAGAAGGAAAUCAUUAAAAAAGCUAAGGUUCAAGAAGAUAUUCCAAUAAUACCACAUUAUUAACCUAAUACGUAUUUAGACUAUUAUUAUCUAUAAUAAUAAUAUUUGUAAGCUUAAUAACAAAUAUAAAAUUAAUAAUAACAAUAUUUAUGUUAUCCAUAACCUCAAUAAUAAUAUUUCAGAGACCGUAUAAAUUAUUUUUAUAUUUUAGAAAUGUAAUAUUGUAAUUAAAAUGCAUAAUUAGAUUUAUAGUUUUAUUAAAGUUUAAUGUAAUAGCAAUAACAUUUCUUAUAAUUAAAAGAAAUAGAAGAACGAAGAGAAUACUCAGAUCGAUCUUCUUUAUGGUAAAAAUUGAUAUAAUUAACAAAUUACUAAUAGCCAACUCAAAAAGAAAUAGUUUAACUUUUACAUACCAUCAUAGAAUAAUAUGAAUGCAAUCCUCGUAAUAAUCAAAAUUAAAAUCUAAAUCAUAAUAAUAAUGAUUAGUAAUUUUAAUGA